UCCAAACCACCACCAUCGCCAUGGCCCCCCGCAACUGAUUGCCCGCCUAUAUUAGGUGAUGGGUGGCCAUGGCCUCGCGGGAUCUCGGCAGCCGCAUGCCUGCCCGCCUCUGGCCUUCUCUGCACUGCUGACUUGCUCCUGUGUCCAAGUGUCCAAGUCCAGCUGCGCUUUCUGCUAGCCAUUGCCAGCUCGCCGGGCGACGCCGAUGGCGAGACGACGCGAGGCGCUCCUCGGCCUCGCGCUGCUGUGCCUCCUCGCGGCCUCCGCGCAGCUGGCCGCCGGCGCCGGCGCGGGGAAGACGGUCGGGGUGUACGAGCUCAGGAAGGGGGAUCUCUCCGUCAAGGUCACCAACUUCGGCGCCAGAUUGAUGUCCGUCGUCUUCCCGGACUCCAAAGGUGUGUUGCUCUGCAGGGAAUUUGGCUGAUGUAGUCUUGGCAAGGACACCAUCGCGGAAUAAGCCAGGAAUAUCCAGACUUCGUUCCCGAAGACGUUGAGUAGGGGUUCCGUCCUGCACCCAACCUUGCCUGUGGAUAGGGUCACCCGCAGGAAGCUUCGUAUGGUGCAAGACUCUGAUGACCUCUUCGUAGUUAAUGUCGUUGUGUGGGUUUUAGUGAUUAUCCUCGCAAUAGUGGCGCUUCACUGCCCAUUACCGCGUAGAGUUGUACGGUGAUGUACCAUCUGAUGUAAUAAAUGUGUUAUUAGCCUCCUGGGACUGAUAUUUAUGUCACAUUUAAGUCUUCUCUUUUGAGGGGACGCUUCAAUCCGCUUCGCCCCUCGGCCCUCGUCCCGAGCUCCUCUCCGACGCGGCGGCGGCCAAAUCGGCGGUGACGGCGGCAGAAUCGGAGGUGGUGGCGACGGAUUCAGCGGCGGCGGCGGCCAAAUCGAUGGUGGCGGCAGCAAAUCGGGGUUGCCGCCUCCACCCCCUCCCAUGGCCAUUGCCAGCAAUAGCAGGUCCCUACCUCAGCUUGGGGCUAGGGCCAGCAGGCUGGCAAGUGCAGGGCCAAUGCCGCAAGGCCAAUGCCUUGCGGCGUCCACAGGUUGCCCCAGCUUGUGGUCAGGGGAGUCUGCAGGCCGCGGGGGGUGGGGGGGGGGUCUGCCUCAUUGGGCGGCGGCGCAGGCUCCCCGGCGGUGGGCGGCAUCGAGCUCCUGGCGGAUGGAGUAUGACGUGUAGGGUCACUUGUGAACAGGGUAGGGGAUGGAGCAUGCAGAUGCAAGAUUUAGAGAAAUUGUUGGUUGUCCGCCCUUUGAAAAGUUAAAUGACUAGCCAGAUGGCUAGCUAAAUAGGAAUUUGGCUAGUCUAUUUUAGCCAAGCUCUGGAGAUGCUCUUAGUGAAAAAAGUGCAUGGGGGUGUUUGUAAAGAUCCGAGUAUUAUUGGAUUUCUCCUUCUUUAUGUUAAAAUAAAUAUUAGUCCGAGGUCCCACGUCAAAAUUUAUAAACCGAGUACCAUACCGUCAAUACAAGCUGAGUUUAGUUCUAACUUUUAGAAAUGUGAAGGCAUUUUUUGCAAAAUAGCCCAACACUAGGCUGGCCGACAUGCAUCCCCUUUGCGCCCCUAAGAAGCGCGGGGAGGAGGGCAAAGGGGAGGGGCUUUUAAUUGUGAGCUCAGCAAAAUACUAAGACUCAGAUCAUUGCAGGUUGCAACUGACUUACAUUUAUUUAUCCUCUUCCGUGAUGCAUGAGGUCGGAACCAUAUAUAUUUUCUAAAAAAUAAAUACUUCAACGUUUUAAAACCUUCUCGAGAUAUUAUGAUGAAAUUAGCAACCGUCUGCUUUGAUCUUGUUAGAAGAUUUAUAAAACAGGAGCUCUAAUAGAAAAAAAAUCACAGUAUACUAGAAUGAAGAAGGAAAAAAAAAAACGCAGGAGCCGAAAAGCCCAGGCCAAGACAGCCGUGGCGCCGAGCAACUUGACAUGAGAGGUGGGCACGGCGAGGCCUAGCCGCAUAGGCAUAGCGAAAGCGAAAGAUGCUGCCGAAACGUUUGACCGAGGGUGGCUUUCUAGUACUGUAGAUCUUAAGCAUAACAAAGACCAAUCAUAAUACUCUAUCACGGCAAAAAAAAAGAAGAUAAAUACCCCGUAAUAAUAAUAUAAAAACAUUAGUAUAUAUUAGUGCAAAAAUAGACGGAUUCAAACCCGUGUCCAGAUCAUCCAAGCACGUUGCGCUCCUUCUAUAUUACGCAGUCAUCACUCUAUGCAGCAGUCUUGCAGGCUCCAGCAACUUCCUAUCUGUUUCAUUCUGUUAGCUAGAGUCAGCUGGUUGGCAAUGGCUCGGCCUCAGCUUCUCCUCGCGCUGCUGUGCCUCGCCGCCUCCCUGAGCGCGCAGGCCGCCGCCGGCUCCGGCGGGUGGAAGAUGGUCGGCGUGUACGAGCUCAAGAUGGGGGACUUCUCCGUCAAGGUCACCAACUGGGGCGCCAGGCUCAUGUCCGUCGUCCUCCCCGAUUCCAAAGGGAACCUGGCUGAUGUCGUCCUUGGCAAGGACACCAUCGCGGAAUACGUUAACGACACCUCUUAUUUCGGGCCGAUAACCGGCCGCGUAGCACAGAGAAUAUCCCGGGGCCGGUUCGUCCUCGACGGCAAAGUCUACCACCUGUACAGGAACGACGGCAGGAACACACUCCACGGUGGUGGCAGAGGGUUCCACAAGGUCAUCUGGACGGUGAAGGAGUACGUCGCCGGCGGCGACUCGCCGCACAUCACCUUCUACUACCGCAGCUUCGACGGGGAGCAGGGCUUCCCGGGGAACCUGGACGCGUACGUGACGUACCGGGUGUCGAGCCCCUACACGCUGGGCGUGCACAUGAGCGCGACGGCGCUGGACAAGGCGACGCCGGUGAACCUCCUGCUGCACACGUACUGGAACCUGGGCGGGCACGGCAGCGGCGACGUCCUCGGCCACACGCUCCGGCUCUUCGCGUCGCGGCACGCCGUGCUGGACGAGGAGCUCCUCCCAUCGUCGGGCCGCGUCGCGCCGGUGGCCGGCACGCCCUUGGACUUCCGGGCGCCGACGCCCAUCGGCGCGCGCAUCCGCCAGGUCAUGGGCGGCAAGGUCGUCGGGUACGACGCCAACUACAUCAUCGACGGGGAGCCGGAGGGCAUGCGGCCGGUCGCGCAGGUGCGGGACGGCGCGUCCGGCAGGGCGGUGGAGCUGUGGGCGAACCAGGCGACCGUGCAGAUCUACACGGGGAACUGGCUGAACAACACCAAGGGGAAGGAUGGCAAGGUGUACAACCAGUACGCGGGGUUCACCCUGGAGACGAUGGGGUACGUGGACGCCGUGAACCACCCCGAGUUCCCGUCGCAGACGCUGCUGCCUGGCCAGGAGUACAAGCACGACAUGGUCUUCAAGUUCUCAUUCUAGCACACGCCAUGCUGAAGUGUGUAGGAGUCGUCUGCUAGCACAUAUUCUACAUGGCAAACUUGUCACCGCCAUACACCAUUUCAUAUGGCGUGACACUCUCCACGUUCGAAAAACCAUGUUUCUCAUACAUCCAUAAGAUGGCUCUUAUGUAAAAUUUGUAGCCUUUGAUAAUAUACAACUUUGUGGUUUUAAUUGAUGUUAUUGUGAUGCUUCGCAAAUA